AUGCAGGCAAUCUGGUCUAGAGCGGGCCAGGCGCACCGAUGCGGCUGCAAGGCCUGCUUUAAUGCCUCCGGGGGCAUGAUACGGCAGUCGGCGACGCGCUCGACGCAACGAAAACCGACCUUUAGCGAGAUCUUCACGGCGUGCUACACAUCGAUAAUGGGAACGGCUGCGAUGCUGGAUGCAGGGAGGAAAGACAGGCGGCGAAAGGAUUUGGACCGACAAAUUGAAGAGGUCUCGAGCGAGCUGGCAAAUCUUGUCGAAAAAGCAAAGGAGAAAGCUCCUAAGAAACCACCUGCUGGUGACGUUGGCAACCGGUAUCCGGGCGCAUUACAAGAUCACGUUCCACAAAACCCCGAAGUCAGCAAGAUUCUCGACGCCCUCGGGCCCUCAUAUAGGUGGCAGAGAACUGUUGCGACAAAGGCCGACGUGGACCGUUUAUGGAAGAUAUACGAGCUGAGUCCUUCGAACGAAGUCAGAGGGGUCAAUUACGAAGCCUUGAUUAAGAAGCUCGCGACAGAAGAGUGGAUGCCUAUUGAGCACCGCGCACCGCGGACGCCGAGGCAAGCCAAGGCGGCAGCGGUGGCAACGAAAGCUUUGGUCUACAGAUUUCUCGACGCAGGCGAUUCUAUGGUUGGACGCGAAGGAAUGCAAACGGCGCGAGACGAGGUAGACAAGCUGAUACGGAAGAAGUUCCCCAUCUGGGAUGAAAGCGAACUGAGCAACGAGGCUCUGAACACGUGGAGCCGGGAGCUGAACAAGGCGUUGAGGAGUGUUUUUGACGCCUCGACUCCUGAGAACUUUCAACAUACGAUUUACAGUGUAUGUCACAAUCUCCUCGUAUCGCCUUCAUCCCUCACCAUCCACACAUACAACCAUCUUAUUGCGGGCCUGGAUAGAGUUGGGAUGCAUCGCCUUGCUUCAGCAGUGGUCCUCUCUUUCUACCAGGGCAAGCUUGAGCCCACGCAGCUUACCCUCGUGUGCAUCCUGAAUCACUACAGAACGAUAAAGGACGCAGACAACUUUUCGGGUUUCAUCGCUCGCAUGACUGGCAAAGACCAACGAGGCGUCAAAAUCCGGAGAAAAAGGCACGAUGAUGUGGCGGAGUUUUUCUCCCUUCACGGUUGGGCUAAAACGAAAGAUGUCGCAGUCGGCUCCCAUUACGUCGUCGAGAGGGCGCGUUUUGAUGAAAAAAUCUUCGCCACCAUCAUCGAAGGCAUGUUGGCUUUCGACAGACUGAGGGCUGCCGUGGGUGCAUUUGCGGCGAGCAUCACGGCAGACCUCCUGAUUAGCUCGCGGACGACCUCCGAGCUGCUCGAUUAUUGCGCCCGCUCCCUAGAUCGCACAGCUGCAGCCAAGCUUUUGGAACUACUGAAAAGCAACCCCGCGCUGAUCAAGCGUGCAUUCUUUCGAGAGAACGACAAGCUAUAUCUUGCGCGGCGCAUACGGAGCCUACUGGAUAUUUGCGGCUUGGAACACAGCUUGCCAAACAGCGUGGCACCGUUCCUGAAAGAUCCCAUGUUCUCGAUUGUGUCGAGCGAGGAGCAGAAACGUGUAGUUUAUAUCGCACGAAUAGCCCACACUGUACACCAAACGGAGUGGUUGUUGAAAAGCGCGCGCGACUACGUUCAGCGCGUGAAAACGGGUAGCGCCAGUACCAUUCGCAUUGAUUCGGGCUCUCCGCAGAUGUACAGGAUGUGGAGAGCGACGAAGUUGGUUUGGCCAGUGCCCGAGGGUCUUCCGGAAGACCAGCCCGGAACGUCCUUCUCGCAGGAGGAAGAGGUCGACUGGUCUGCUUGGAAUCGGCUGGAGGAAGCGUCAGAAGCACAGCUGGCGCAGAAAACCAUGAGUAAAAGCAACACUCUUUCAGAGAAUCAGGGUCAAUUGUCCGCAUGGGAUCGCCUUGAACAGGCGGCGGAGACGAAACCGAAGAACACGAAGCACGAAAACAAAACCACCAUCGACGAGGUUUUCGAAACGAUUGAAAUUCUGUAG